CUUAUCAAAAACACAAAUCAAACGCCUUUGUUAGUGUCCUCACCAAAGCCGGUAUUAACCUGAGGAAUAGAGACCUUGUUGUAAAUCCCUAUGUCAACUCCAUCCGACAAUUCCGUCGACGACACGCCCAUAUCCUCCUUCUUCCGUCAUCCCACUGGUAUCCUUCUCACCGACCUCGACAAGGCGCGCUUCGACAAAGAGAUACCCCUUCUCGAGCAUCAAGUCAGAUACUUCGAUGAGCAGAGUGCUCUCUUAGUCUCACGGAGGGACCAAGUCACACUCUCCCUAGCAAUGCGCAGAUCUGCUCUUGCACCUGUGUGGCACCUCCCGCCGGAUGUCCUCAGAGAGAUCUUCUCUCAAGUGGCUGCUGAUCAUGAUAGUAUCGAUCUCAGCGGUGGCCCGUGGACUUUAGGACAAGUGUGUGCUCCAUGGCGCGACCUCGUUCUUGACACGCCUUUGGUAUGGUCCAGACCCACGUUGAAGGGCGUAUAUACCUCUCAGUCGCUCCAUGUCCUCGCCGAGUAUCUUCGCCGUUCACGAGAUUGUCCGCUGCAUAUCAGAGCAAUGUUUUUUGUACAUCAUCCACAGUCUGCCAUUCUCGACCUCCACGAGGCGGUCUUCAAGGUGCUAAUAACGAGCUCGUCACGGUGGAAAUUUGUGUGUUUCGUGAUACCAAUGGAAUUCCUUAAGCAUAUUUCUGCUCUAUGUGGGAAAAUGCCCCUUUUGGAGGAGGCUCGAAUCCAUUUGUGUACCUAUUACCGCCAUAACCCUGAUGGUGUCGAGUGGAGACACUUGUUUUCCAAUGUCCCAUCUCUACGAAAAAUAUCCCUUGACGGACCAUUGUUUUCCGAACACAUGUUGACUGGGAACCAUAUCACUCAUUUCGCGGGAUAUGUCGAUCGCCCAGGCGCUCUGAGGACUAUCUUUAAGUUUCCCGCCCUUGUCGAGUGCCACUUGUGGUAUCGUGGCUCGGGUACUGGCUCUCUACAAUCACCCAUCCGGCACGACCGCAUCAAAUAUUUGGCUGUGAAUACCACGCGCGUGUUGGCCGUUCUCACGUUGCCCUCACUGAAGCACCUGGAAAUUGACGAGCAAUAUGAACGAAACGAGUGUGUCUGUGCCGAAGCGAUGUCGGCUUUCAUGGACAGAUCUUCGUUUCAUCUGCGCAGCCUAUCCAUGACCUGCAGGUCAUUCAGAACACAGCUCAUACAACCCUAUUAUAUGCAGAUGGUUGAGGAUUUUGCCAUAACUAUCCACACCUCUGCGACAUUAGUCGCAAUGUUCUCCCCGACUAGGUGUGACCUCUUUCCUAAAUUGCGGAGACUCCAUAUCAGGCUUUCCAGCAAAGUUUAUCUCUCGAAAGAUCAUGUUCUGCUGCUCGUUAAUUUCAUCAGGGAGAGGUUGGAUGAAGCAAAGAGUGUGGCUCUGGAUGUCGAAAAAUUGGAUAAGGUGCAGAUCUCGAGCUCGGUGCCAUCCUAUUUAGAUGAAUUUAGGAAGUGUGGGUUCGAUGAAUUUGAGAUUGGUGUGUUGACGGUCGACCCGCAACUCCACUACUUAGAACUUCGGAACCCGCCUUGGUUUGACCAUGCAAUAGUAGCAGAUUGACCUGGAUAUGUACAUGAUAGAUGCACGCUUCUCUGCCAUCUGUCUGUCUCUAGACAGUAUUCAUGACUUAAGCCCCAUAUUCACUGUUCAUAGUCAGAUUUAGCUUUCCAUCCAG